AUCAACUAUGUCUUCCCAUGAAAGUAAGUAAAUUAUACUUGUUAAAAUUUAUGCUUUAAUUCUAACUAUUGUCAUGAUUGUGGAAAUGAAUUGUCCAACAGUGCAGUCUAACAUCAUGGUAUUACUAAAUACCGUACUGAUUUGUAGAUGACUCGUAAACUGGUAGACAUCUGGUGUACGUAUCAAUGACAUAUUAUAUUAUGUCGUCAAAUGUGGUUGAAGUAGUAUAAUGUAUUUCAAUGCGUUGAUGAUGAUCAUUUCAUGCUUAAAGUCUACUAGGACAUACGAAACUACGAGUCUAAUGUUGUUUAUAUUCAGUAAUUAAGUACUGUCACAAUGUCAUGAUUAUUUUAAAUGCACUCAUGCUGUGAAGCAAUAUUGUCUAGCAUUUGGAAUCUCAGUAAACUACGUCCAAUUCUUUCACAAAUUCGUCCAACCUAUAACAAUUACUUUCAUUUCAAUAGAAUAACAGCUAGAUCGUUGACCAUAGUUGGAAUUCAUAAGCGAUUGGGGUCCAGUUCAGAGUAAAAAAAUCAACUUAACACCAUUUACUGUAGUUUCAGAUCUAAAUCGUAUUCUACAGAAAAAUAAUACAAAAUUUCCCAACAGGUUUGAUUGAUCGAAUACCAUAUAAGCUUUCUUGGUAUUGAUCGCUUUUGUAAUCGUGAACUUGCCUCUCCAGACACAAAAACUGUUCAUACAGUUUUAGCCAAACGAAUUUGUACAGAAGUAGCUUCAUUACUAACAGUCAUUAGGUCAACUAAUAGUCACAUACGGCCCCAUCGACUUCACUUAGAACUAUGGUUAACAGUGAAUAUGAAUUCCAAUUAUCACGUCAAAUUUCACAUGAAUCCAGGUUAACGCUUGUUUCGGUUCAUGGGUUUUGUUAGAUUUAUGUUUGAAGUAUAAUGAAGUAACGCACUCAAUUUAUAACUGUCCUACUGACGUACUAUGUUCAGCUCAUGUGUCAAACAGCUAAGCCAGGAUCAUCAUCAUCAUGAACAUCAUGAACACCAUGAAUCCGGUCAUGGUCAUGACAGCAAAGACCACCACGGCAAAUCAUCUGAACAUUGCCACGACAAAGCAGAUGGUGCCGGUCAUGGAUGCCAUGAUAAAGAACAACAUUGUGGAACUGAAUGUCAUAAACCAGGAUCUGGAAAAGACCAUGGUGGUCAUUAA